AUGCAAUUUGAAACAAUAACAUCAUUAGAUUUUAAAACUAUUAUUAAAGAUAUAUCACAUCAACAAAAACAAUUUUUGAAAAAUUUGUUAAAUGUACAACAUUUAAUUAAUGAAAAUGAUAAUGAAAAUGAUGAAAGUGAUUUUGAAUAUGAUGAAGAAGAAAAAGAUCAAUUAGAAUUAUUAGAUUCUAAUAAAAUUGAAUCAAGUAUUCAAUCAGAAGAAAUAAACUCCACUACCAACAUAGUCAAAACUGGUGAACUGUCAAAGAAAGUGACAUCACAAACUGAUAUACAAACAUCACCAAAUUCCAAUUUAAAUCAUGAAACAAUGAUUAAAAAAUAUUUAAAAUUACAAAAAUUAAGAACUAAUCAUUUAUUACAAAUUAAACAAUUAAAUAAUUCAAUUGAAUCUUUAAAUGAUUUACAAAAUUAUUUAGAAUCUUGA